GUCGACGGCCACAGGCACAUUUACACACAAGGCGGCGCAAUCAACCUCGAACCAGGGAACGCAGCCUUUGGCAGAGAACCGCGAUCGACGGACAUGCAUCACAAUGCCUCAACCUGCCGGCAUGGGUCCCGUUGGAUCGCGGGUGUAUUGUGGAGAAAGAGCGCGCGCAUUUGUUCCUACCACUAUUGCCACCAGGAGCGGUGAGUGGGCAAUGGCGCACUCUCCACUAUCACUGGGCGUGGGUGUGUCGAUUGUGUCGAUGUGUCGCGCGCACCAUCUACAUACGUAUGUACCUCGGUCAUUCGCAAGGCUCCUCUUUCGUCUUGAGACUCGACGCGACACGUCCAUGUCGGAGGCCUCCACCGUCUACCAGCAUGCCCCAAGAGUCAGCAUGCCCCAAGAGUCAGCAUGCCCCAAGAGUCAGCACGCCCACCGACGCCGGCGUGACAGCUGUGAUCGCCCUCUUACCGCCGCACCAACGCGCAUGCCUACCCUUUGUCCGUUCGCACCAUGAUGCAUACGAACCGCCUUCUAGCGCUAGGCGGGCAAAUACCCCGAGCCUAGGGCUUCAUGUGGGAUGGAUAAUAAGACCGUGCUACAGAGCCUGGAUGGGAUCACCCUAGCUGUCCCAGAGCCAUCCCACCCUGGUCCC